CAUAUAAUGCUAUAAUUGAAGUUGGAGAGGGUAAUGUGGCAGUAGCAGAGGCAAUAGAGUCAUCUUGUUAUCUUCAUAACAAACACAUAAAUGACAAAAAAGCAGGACAACUCAUACCCAUACCUUGAUUCUGGAGGAUUUUAAAGCUAAAAGAGUUGCAUUAUUGGAGCUAUGUUGGCCAAAGACGUGACAUGGUAACCAUAUUCAAAGGAGAUUCCACAUUGGCUUCACAUGCUCACCACAUUCACAGAACUACUCUUCUCUCUGAUAUAUAGAUAUAUUCCUGAACACCUAUAUAUACAGAUGCCUGUAGUUGGCUAAACCAUCCGAUCAUCAACCUUUCUGUUUAGAGCUUCUUGUGAAAACAAAAGAAGAGAGCAGCUAUGGCUAGCAAGUACGAAAUUAGAUCAAUUAGCUUGCCUCCGAGGUCUCAUCCUACAACCCUUAGCCUCGAAGAAAAGCUGAACAAGCUCAAAACAUGGGAGGCAUCAUCAACAUCUUCAUCAGAGUCAAUUUGCAUUGGCCUGUCAGGACUAGAAGACUUGUGCGUAGGCGUCAACCAUCUGCUCAACAUGUCAUCAACACAAGAAGUCAUCUCUCACUAUCCAAACGAAAAGUGUCUUGAUAAUUUGUUGGAUGGAUCUGUCAGGAUUUUAGAUAUUUGUGGAAUUGCAAGGGAUGUAAUGUUGCAAUUUAAGGAGCAAGUUCAAGCUCUUCAAUCUGCACUACGCAGGAGAAAAGGAAAUUCUAGCAUUGAAAGCAGCAUAGCUAGUUAUUCUUGCUUCACAAAUAAGAUGAAAAAGGAGGCAAAGAAGUCCAUUGCUGUACUGAAGCAAAUGGACUGCAAACUUAAGUCAUCUCCUGUUCAAGAUCAUCACUUGAUUCAAUUGAUUAAAGAAGUUGUUGCAAUAAAUAGUUCUGUCUUCCAAUCCCUUUUCUUAUUCUUGUCAACUUCAAAGCCAAAACAAAGUAGAUGGUCUAUGGUUUCGAAGUUGAUGCACAAGGGAGCACAAGCAUGUGAAGAAAAGCAAGAAACUGUGAAUCAGUUAGAAAGUGUUGACGCUGCAUUGAGCGAGAGGCCUCACUUUGAGAAGAUGCAAAUUGCACAGAGAAGGCUGGAGGCUUUGGAGAUCAGCAUUCAAGACAUUGAGAAUUUCUUGGAGAGUGUGUUCAAGCACUUGAUUAAAACAAGAGCCACCAUUUUGAACAUCAUCUCCCAAUAAACCCUUCAUACUACUGAUCUCUACCCAAAUCCUGGAAAGGCAUCCAAAUUUUAGAGGAUCUGCCAGUGGUUCAAUUUUCAAAUCCAGAGCUAUGUAUAUAAGUCAAAUAUUGUGAUUAAUACAACGAAAUACAAAAAGACUUUAUGGUCCAUUUUUGUGAUGAUUUAUUUUCUUGCUUUCUCUAUAUCAAUUAUAAGAUGGUAAGAAAAAAAAGACUCUUCCCUGAAAUUUCCUUCUGCACUUGCUAUCUGGUUGAACUGUGCCAAGCUCACCGACUCUUGUUAUAAUUUUAAAUUGUGUUGAUAGUAAAUCAUAAAUUUAAUUUACCUGAUAAACAUAUCCUUGGAUUAUAUUAUCAUCCAAGGAAUAAUGGGCUCUUGUUAUAAUUUUAGGGUUAAGCAUGCUUUUGAUUUAAUUACAUAUACUUUUGCAACAGUUAAAUGCUUAUUCUAAUCUUUCCUUUGAUAUAUUGAGACUCUGCUAAUUGGGAAAAAAGGAAAAAAAAGGAAGUGUUACUUAAUCUACCAAUGCUCCCAAUUGCAGACCUUUUUCUGGUGAUCAAGCUUCAAAACGAUUGAAAACCACUCGUGCAACAGGUAUAGAAUAACGCCUCUUGCACACCUAAUAUUCUAGACACCAUUUAUUUACAAAUCUCGUGUGUGUAUUACAGAUCUAGUUUUAUAUUUGUUUAGUGCUUGAUCUCAGC